CCUCCUGCGAAGUAGUAGUAGUAGUAGUAGCCCGUGGAAGUUUCUUUGAAAAAUGAAAAAUAGAGAUUAAUAAUAAAAAGAUUUAAUCUGAUUUCUAAAAUAUUUUUGCUGAAAACCGUUAAAAAAAAAUUAUUAAUAAGAAAGUUUUAGAAUGCUGUUCAACCCAGGUUCUAGGUGUAAGAUUAUUCAGUUUCUCCACACCUUUAAACAGGAUAAUUCUUACUUCGUUAUUCUUACGUGAAAUAGAGUUUCGUUUUCGUGGAGAUUAUGGUUGAAUUUAUAUGACAAACCUUUACACGUGAGUUUUGUGAAAUGAUUAUUCGUUAGUCUAAGUUGACCUAGAAUCCUGGUUGUGUGGAGUGGUAAAUUACAGCUAAGAAAUUUUAGAAAACAGGCACUAAUUGUUAAACAUAAUAUCGUGAGAACUUCGAGAUCAGUCUGAAAGCAAAUUUCUUUGUAUUUAAUAAGGAUGUUAGGUAAAGUGCGUUUUAGACUUAGAUUUUGUCACAGAUAAGAAAAUCCAAGUUCAUAAAUCAGCCCACUUGCCCAAUCUACUUAUAUUAAUAUAGCGUUACUUUGGGUGUUUGUGGGUGUCCAUUGUAAGCAACUUGAUGAGAAAGUUUAGACACAUUUUAAGUUUAAAUUACAAUAUUCCAAUCGCAAGAGAGCAGAAGAAGUGGAUUUCAUCAACAUUAAUAAUCGUUUGAAGAAGUUAUAUUUGGCUUUUUCAGUAAUAUCAGAAUAACGUAAACCCCAGACAGCAAUGUUACUAGAAAAACAACUAAAAAUGGUACUAAUAGAAACCCGCAUUAAUGCUGUCCAGGAGAUAAGUUUAAUUUUUAUGCUAAGAGCAGGAACUAUGGUUACAGAAGAUUUUGCCAUUUCUCUAAAAAAUUAAGAAGAACAGAAUUAUGUCGAUUAACUUCUUCAAAAGAUUGUUAUUUAGAAAAAAGCAUCUUUCGAUUUGGUCUACCUCGCUUAAAUGAAAUCGUUUUAGUUUUUCAGAGAGACUUCUAAUUUGUUUAAGAGACACCAAGUAUAAUGAUGUCAUCAGCAUAGAGCAGAAUAAGAAGUUCGUUGGUGGUGUCGAUUGAUACGCGCAUCCUGUUGCUUUAGGAAGUCAGUCAGUAGAGUAUAAAUGUUGUCAAUAUAACCAAUUUCUUCGCGAAAGCCGGACAGCAGACUCUCCAUGUCAUAAGCCUUCUAAAGAGUAUGCUAGCAAAUACCUUCACUACCGUUUCACCAAAGCAAUUGUGUCGCACAAGCUCGAGGGUACUUUAGUUUUAAUUAAGAUAUUAGAAAAAAGGGAGCAACGUUAUAAGAGCCAGUUUUGUGGCAAGUUCUGAAAGAAAUCAUAAGGAAUAACUCAGGAGAUACUAUUUUUUCUAAGAACGGAUUUAAUUUCGUAUAGCGAGAUGUCUGCAAAAAAAGGACUAACUCGAAAGGAAUGCAAUGACACCUCGGGAUUGAAAACAGAUCUCUCAAAAAAAUACAGAUGCUGACGAUAGAGUCCGGACAAGGCCAGACAUGUAAUAUUAAGGGUUGUACAGAUGAGAAAAUGAUCGGAGCCAAGCAAAAUAUUAUUGAGAACACAGAAAUUUUCGGGAAUGUCAAGAGGACAAACUGGUGGAGGAUUUGGGUAAAAUCAGGGGAAAUAAGGAGACAAAGGAACAAAGACAAGCCAAAGUGAAAGGAAUAUUUAAUCAGAUAUCGUCCUGCGAGGGAAUGCUUGCCGUUUCCUUCCCGAUUAAGCGAGAUAAUGGACAGUACGAGGUUAUUGAAGGUUACCGGGCUCAACACAGCGCGCACAAGUUGCCUUGCAAAGGCGGUAUGCGGUAUUCAAUGGACGUGUGCGCUGACGAAGUCCGCGCUUUAUCUACGAUAAUGACCUUCAAGUGUGCAGCUGUUGAUGUGCCAUUUGGAGGGGCUAAAGCGGGCGUUAAAAUUGAUCCGAGAAAGUAUUCCCAGCUGGAGUUGGAGAGAAUUACUAGAAGGUUUAGCCUCGAGCUAAUCAAGAAAGGUUUUCUGGGACCAGCUAUUGAUGUGCCGGCACCUGACAUGGGUACGGGAGCUCGCGAGAUGUCGUGGAUGUCAGAUACUUACGCAAAAACUUUGGGUUACAAAGACAUGAACGCUCAUGCGUGUGUCACCGGAAAGCCUAUCAAUCAAGGAGGUAUUCACGGGAGAGAGUCCGCUACUGGUCGGGGAUUGUUCCACGCCACCGAGCAUUUCGUUAAUAACGAAUGUUACAUGGAUUAUGUCGGCUUGAAACCAGGACUAAAAGAUAAAACGUUAAUUAUACAGGGUUACGGGAACGUGGGUUCCCAUACUCACCGAUACUUCCACAGAGUGGGUGCCAAAUGUAUCGGAAUAAUUGAGGAGGACGGAUCUAUAUUCAACGAGAAUGGAAUCAACCCUUCCGAACUGGAAGAAUAUAAACUGAGUAAAGGCACCAUAAUGGGUUUUCCAGGGGCUCAGAAGUUUGAUGGCGAUCUUAUGACUCACGAAUGUGACAUACUGGUACCGGCCGCGGUAGAACAAGUGAUAACCAAAGACAAUGCGGUUAACAUAAAAGCCAAAGUGAUCGCGGAGGGGGCUAAUGGCCCUACCACUCCAGCCGCAGACACCAUUCUGCGUAAGAAAAAAAUAAUCGUAAUUCCAGAUCUUUUGGCGAACGCUGGCGGUGUUACGGUGUCAUAUUUUGAAUGGUUAAAGAAUAUAAACCAUGUUUCUUAUGGAAGGCUUACGUUUAAGUAUGAGAGAGAGUCAAACUACCACCUGUUGCAGUCAGUUCAGGAGUCUCUCCAAAACGCCCUGGGUAAGGAUAUUCCCAUACAUCCGUCAAAGGCGUUUAGAACUAGAAUAGCUGGAGCAUCCGAGAAGGAUAUAGUUCAUUCCGGAUUGUCAUUUACUAUGGAACGAUCAUCACGCGCCAUUCAAGAUACAGCAUUGCAACUUGACUUGGGUAUAGAUUUUAGGUUGGCAGGUUAUGCCAACGCACUCGUUAAGAUUUUUAAUAUUUACUCGACAGCUGGAUUUGCAUACUAAUGUGGUUGUAUUUUGUUUUGUGCAGAACGAUAAAUUACAUAAAUAUUGCUAAAAGUUUACUUGCAUUUCUUAAAAUCAUUAUAUACCCCACAAAUAUCAUCUAACCAUUAAUCAGUCGUAAACUUCUUUUAUAGAAAUGCUGUCGCAAUGUAUCGAAAUGAUACACCUCAGUUUUAAUGAAAAGUUUAGUAAAAACAAUAGUUUUUGUAUGAACCUACAUUAAAUUACAUCCAAUAAUUCAUUAUGCCCCUAUUUUUUUUCAUUUUCUUGAAUCUCCUAAGACCUUCAGAAAGAUAACGUUUCUUAACAAAGUGGUAAAACAACAGAAUACUCCUGCGAUAUGCAGCAAUUUAUCAAUACGAUAAAACAGGCUCAUGAAUUGUAAUACAUUCUGAUUAUUAUUGUUAUUUUCUUUAAUA